AUGAGACUCAUGGAGUUCAAGGUGGCGCUGCUGAGUCCCGGCUCCCCGAAGAGGUGGUGCUGUGCCCCUCCGCCCGGCCCGGCUCCCGGCCUUGGGCCCCCGGAGGCCGAGUCGGCACCACUUAAGACACAGAUCCCACCACUGGCUUUGCAACAGCCCGCCCCACCUGGUAGCAAGCGACGCCUUCCAACUCCAGGUUCCUUCUGGUUGAAGAAGGACCAGCCCACCUUUACCCUCUGCCAAGUUGGAAUAAUAUGUGAGAGUCUCUUAAAAGACUAUGAAGAUAAAAUUCAGGAGGAGUUUGAGCAAAUCCUCAAUACCAAACUAGCAGAACAAUAUGAAUCUUUUGUGAAAUUCAUACAUGAUCAGAUUAUGCGAUGA